AGUUCUUUUUUGUUCUUCGAAUUGCGCACAAGGAAGUACUGUUCAUUACGUAACUCGACGUUGCUCUCGCUGCUGGCGUCGACAGUUGCACCUUCCUCCUUACGAAGAGAGACAGAAUCGUUUCUACACUCCCUACACGGCAAUAGCAACUCUAACAACAACAAAAGAAAAAUGCUAUGCGUGAAGAAAAUCGUAUUGAUCGACCGUGCAGAACCGGAGACGCUGUGGACCUACAACCUGAAAAAACAGUGGAGCUAUGGUGACAUGAUUGCGGUACGCGUGCACGACGCGAACGCGCGUGUCCUUGGGUCGACCAUCCCCAUGCCGUUUGCCGCCGCACAGGAAGGCCAAGCAGAGUGGGGGGUGUCGUGGAUCGACGAGGACCCCGUUGAGGCGUCGGAGCAGCCCGCGGAGAGCGGCGGAGCGGAGUCUGGCGCGGCAUCGUACGCUGCAGACGACACCGACGGAGAGGACGUAUCGCCUGCGCAGCCGCACGAGGCGCGUUCAGAAAACACGGUAGCGACGCCGCACAACGUCGACAUGGCAGAGGGACACGAGCCACCGCCGUCACUCCCUGCUCAGCAGAGCGGGGAAGAUGCACCAUCACCACCAGCGCCCGACACCGCUUCGGAAGGUGCUGCAGCGCGCCCUCCGCCCGUCGAUACAUUAUCAGAGAAUGGACACCUGCCUUCCGCAACCGCUGCUGAAAAAGCCGCGGAAGAAACGAGCGAGAACGGCGAUGGGGCAGGCGCACAGGUCAAUGACGGCUCCGCUGGCCUUUCGGCCAGUACCGGCGCAGCUGCAGCAGCAGGUGCAGGUGCAGGUGCAUCUCACUCUUCCGAGUCUCCUCCUUCCACCCCCAUCCCUAAUGGAACCUCGAAUGCUGCUGCUGCUGCCGCGGCCCAUAAUGCACCCGGAAGUUUACAGGGUGAGGGAGGCAUCCCCCGAGCUGUCACCCACUCCCCUGUCAGCCCGGCAACGCCAUCGAAUCCGCAGCCCGCUGUGCGUCGGCCCAGUUUCAGCAGCUGUGUUCCCAUCAACAUUGCGCAGGCCGCGAAGGGGCCACUGCUGCUUGAAGUGAUCACCGCCACUGGCACAAAGCUGGCCGUCAAGGAGGCGGAUGUGCAGGCCAUCCUCGGCGAGGACGUCUUGGGAGCCCCUGUUGUGCACCACUACGCUAUUGUGAUGACUCCCUUGAAAGCGAAGCCGAAGAAAGAACAGGACAGUACCGUGUACGCCGUGCUGGAGUUUAGUGUCGUGGUGGGGGCCACCGACGGCGAUACCGCCAUUUCCAUGGCCGCCAAUACGCGCUACGCGCCUGUGCCCACUGAGCUGGAGGUGGGAAGCACGUGCGCCGUCUCGACGCGCACCUUCUACUUCCCGCCCAAGUUUCUCACCGGCAGGGGGGAGUAUAUUGUCACCAACGUGUUGUGCGUAGAAAGCCGCUCCGACAACCCUGUCCAACUGGAGGUGGCAUUGCCAGAGGAACUGAAGAAGGUUGGCGUGCUUCCGGACAAAAAAGGCGUUAUCAACCGCAAAGGCCAGCGAGUGUUCUUCACCUUUACGUGGAACGUGUUUGACGCCUACGUGGACGUGGACGCGGGCAAAGACAGCGACGCAGACCGCAGCACCGUCGGCCUUCACGUUCUGAUCCGCGACGGCACCGAGAACAAGGUGCCGGUAGAGAUCGCAUUUGUGGGGGACCUUCCGUCAGCCACGGCGGAGAGUACGGGUCCUUUUAUGUUCUACGUGAACCACGCGAAGGUGUCGAAUGUCGCGUGUUGUUCGACCGAUGAAGCCAUUUUGGAUGAUAUUUUACCCAUCUCCCUCGUGACACGAGCUGGAGUGUAA